UCACCUUUGUGAUCUUACUUACAUAUGUAGCUUGAUGAUGUAGAAGGAAACCCAUGCACAUGCACACUACCUCGAUAACAGUAAACUACUCACGCUGUUCGAUCUAUAGUUCCUUGUCAAUGUAAUUUGCUGUUGAGGUGGAGGUUUUUUGAUCUCUCAUGGGUCUCCUCCCAGAUCGGCAGAUAUAAUUUGGUUCCAUGGUCUGCUCAUUCUGUAUUUCACUUCUGCAUUGAAUUGCUCUGCAAAUUUUUGAUCCCCAAAUGCAGUAGGAAUGGAACUAGGUUAUAGGAAGGUACCAUAUUGUAUGUCAUAUAAGAUUAUGAAAAGUUGAACACUAAAUUUGGUGGAAAGUUUUGAUGCUUUCGGUAAAGGACAAUACAACUUUUAGCGGAUUCUUAUAAAUGGAUAGUCAAGGCACUGAGGCAGUAUUCUAAUUUGGUUAUCUUCCGACCCUGCCUUGGAGAAAAUAUAUCUUUUUUUUUUUGUGUGAAUAGGUUCCAUUGCCACAGGAACUAGCAGUUUCCUUACAGAGUUAGAAAAAGGAUAAAUCGAUCAUGUGGCAAUGGCUUUAUAUAUUAUGACAACAUUAGCAAUAAAAUUGUUAGAAUCAUCGUUAUGUUUACUAUGUAACUAUGAAGUGCAAUGUCCAUGAUUUACGGGAAUGCCAUACUAGAUAAUACCGUUUGAUGAGCUUUUUCGAAAAAAAUCUUAAAAUGUAGCAUUUAUGAAAAGCCACUGCAAUCAUUUCUCAAUCUUUGUUUUAAGUAUUGGAAGAUCUUGUUGAGUAAUCCUCACGUAUGAUAAAAUUGACAUGUAUUGUUUUAUAGAAUAUUUUAUAUGCUGUACAUACACAUACAUUCUUUGUUUGAUAACAGGCAGGCAGAAUCACUUUCAAGGCAGCUUAAAUCCCUCAUAUGAUGCUACUUUAGAGUAGCGUGUUAUGGCUUCUAAUUCCUCUCAUAAAAGAGCAUUCGACUCUACCUCUUCGAAGUUAGAGGACAUAAAGUUGAACAACAGCUGGGAUGAUGUGAUCUGCCCUAUAUGCUUGGAUUUUCCACAUAAUGGCAUUCUUCUCCUGUGCUCUUCUUACAAGAAAGGGUGUAGGCCAUUCAUGUGUGAUACUGAUCAAAACCAUUCAAACUGCCUCGAUCGAUUCAAAACCGUCCAUGGAUUUCGUGCUGCUGCGAAGGUUUCUGCAGAUCAAAGCGAGGCAAUUUCUGAGGGCAUUCAAGUAAUUUCUUCAAACCCUGAGAACUGCCCUACUUGUCCAUUGUGCAGAGGAGAGGUAACAGGAUGGGUAGUAGUUGAUGAGGCCCGCCAUUAUCUGAACAUGAAGAGACGAUGUUGUGAAGAGAAACGCUGCUCGUAUGUGGGCAACUACAUGGAACUGGAGCAACAUGCCAAGAAUGAGCACCCCCACGCGCGCCCUUCAGAGAUAGACCCUGCACAACAACUAGACUGGGAUAACUUCCAGCAAUCCUCAGAGAUAAUUGAUGUGUUGAGUACUAUCCAUUCAGAAGUACCGAAUGGUGUAGUAUUGGGGGAUUAUGUUAUCGAGUAUGGGGACGACAGUCAUGAUGAGUUCGAUGAUUUCCCUGGUGAUGAUGGCAAUUGGUGGACCUCAUGUAUUUUGUAUCAUGUCUUUGAUAACUUUAGGGCUUCUAGAAAUAGACGAAGGUCAGCAGUUAGUGAGAGGAGGAGAAGGCGCCACAUGUCCAGCUAUGAUGGUUCGGUUGAUGGGAGAGGAUCUGUGUCGCCAAUGGAUGUGUUGGAGUACAAUCUUGACGAAAGUGAUGACGAGUUUGGAGGUGCAGCUACCGGGGGUGGAGUGGCAUUGAGAAGUGAGAGCCAGCGCAGCUAUCGAAGACGCCGAUCUCGCUUCCAGGACCCAUAGACAUCGGUGGUUAGUAACAUAUGUUCUGUAGCGAAUAUUUCAAUAUUUGUUGCUUCUCUAGUUGCUAAUAACCUCUGCACACUGUGGUAUUGUGAAUAAGCGGAUAUUUAUAUGUAAUUCCAUGCUCGCAAGCUGCUACGUAUAUACUCAUUAGCAAAUUUUUAUUGCUAAUAGGACUUUUGAGUCUCAGUGUCCCAUAUUAAGAUAUGAUAGAUUUUUCACUUUAA